AUGGCCUCCCUUGUUCCCAUCGCACCCAAAGGCAUCUCGGCCCGGUAUCAUGGCCUGGGCCGGUACCUCGAGCUCAAGGCUGUGGGCAAAAUCCCCGGCUACUUCUUCACUCCAUUCUUUGAGCGAGAGGUUUGGGCGGGUGGCCUGCGCUUUUCCAUCAAGGCCUUCAGCGGUGGCGAUGGCAAGACGCCCCCGAGCCAGGACGUGGACAUCAGUUUCAAGCUGCCCAUCCUUCUCCCCAUCGACCACUUCAACAACAAAUCGGUCCUAGUUGAGACGGCCUAUGGUACUUCCGAGGUCAAAAUCGAGUACAUCGGGUGGCCCGAGCCUCCCCAUGGUACCGAAGUCGCUGUCAACUCAAAGGCGUCCGAUGGUGUCACCACGGCCAGCGACCAAGCCAAGAAGAUCGAGACCAUCACUACUGUGCUGCCCCCAAUCAGCUCCCUCCUUUCCGAUGAGGGCACGUUGUCCAUCACUGCGGUGAUCCCCAAGGAGGCAAAGCCGUUGCUGGAUAUCGAGUUUAACAGCGACUUCCUCAAGCUGGUUACUUCGAGCGUUGGCGAGGGUUUGAUCAAAUGGGAGCUCAAGUGGGUUAAGCCUCCCGUCGGCAAGGACAACCCCCAGCUGGUCAACGUCAUCACUACUACCAAGUGGGACAUUACUGUUCCCAUCCUGCCUCCGGUCAAUGAGAUUACCAAGGUCAUCCAGCCGUACAUCGUUUACCGGGUUUGGCUUGUGACCGAGUAG